AUGGCGGCGCCGGCGGCCGACGAUGCCUCGGCAUCCCCAGGCUACGUCCUGCGCUCCACACUUGAGGGGCAUCGCCGCGCCGUCUCAACCGUCAAGUUCUCCCCGGAUGGCCGCCUUCUCGCCUCCGCCUCCGCCGACAAGCUUCUUCGCGUGUGGUCUUCCUCCGAUCUCACCCCCGUUGCGGAGCUCGCAGGCCAUGGAGAGGGCGUCUCCGACCUCUCCUUCUCCCCCGACGGCCGCCUCCUCGCCUCCGCUUCCGAUGACCGCACCGUCCGCAUCUGGGACCUCGCCGUCGGCGGCGGGGCCCGCCUUAUCAAGACGCUCACGGGCCACACCAACUACGCCUUUUGCGUCUCCUUCAGCCCCCAUGGCAACGUCCUCGCCUCGGGGUCCUUCGACGAGACGGUGCGCGUGUGGGAGGUUAGGUCCGGGAAGUGCCUCCGCGUGCUGCCGGCCCAUUCCGAGCCCGUCACCGCCGUGGACUUUGAUCGCGAGGGCGACAUGAUCGUGUCGGGGAGCUACGACGGGCUCUGCCGCGUCUGGGACUCGGCUACCGGUCACUGCGUCAAAACCCUCAUCGACGACGAGAGCCCACCGGUGUCCUUUGCCAAGUUCUCCCCCAACGGCAAGUUCAUCCUUGCGGCAACGCUUGACAGCACCUUGAGGCUUUGGAAUUUCUCAGCUGGAAAGUUUCUGAAGACAUAUACAGGCCAUGUUAACACAAAGUACUGCAUCCCAGCGGCAUUUUCCAUCACAAAUGGCAAGUAUAUUGUCAGUGGCUCUGAGGACAAAUGCGUCUACCUGUGGGACCUGCAGUCAAGAAGAAUAGUGCAGAAACUGGAAGGGCAUACUGAUACUGUCAUUGCAGUUUCAUGCCACCCCAGGGUAAACAUGAUUGCAUCAGGGGCGCUUGAUAAUGACAAGACAGUGAAAGUUUGGGUCCAAAAGGAAGAAGAUUGA